UCGACUUUUCUUCUUCACUCCAACGUCGCACUAUCGCUGUACACAGUCACUCGUUCUUUAUCCAACUACAUAUCCCUAUACAGCUACUACAGUUCUAAUACCCUAAUCACCAAUCCAACUACCGUCACCAUGCGCUUCUUCGAGACCAUCCUUUCCGCCGCGGCCUUCGCUGCCGCCGUCGCUGCCCUCGAGAUCAACGACUUCCCUGCUGAGGGUGUUGUUGCUGGCCAGACCUACACCAUCACCUACUCCCCCGCGGAUGACACCCCCACCACCUUCAUCCUCCGCCAGGGACAGUCCACUGACCUCGACACCAUCGCCACUCUUACCACUACCGCUACCGGUGGAAAGUUCGAGUGGACCCCCACUAAGUCUCUCGUUAACGAGCCCGACUACGCCCUCCAGAUCCAGCAGGGAACUACCAUCAACUACUCCGCCCAGUUCCCCCUCUCUGGUGGCGCCGAGGAGGAUGACUCUCCCGCAUCCUCUGCCGUCUCUUCCGCCAUGGCCUCUGCUUCUUCCGCUACCGCCUCUGCUGCUUCUUCCGCCUCUGCUGCCCUCAGCAGCGCCAUUGAGAGCGCCAAGUCCAGCAUGAUCACCAGCGCUGCCUCUGCUUCCGCCACCAUCAGCCCUUCCGCUGGCGUCAACUCCACUGUCACCUCUGCCACUCUCACCCGCUCUGCCUCUUCUUCCGGCUCUGCCACUGGCAGCGCCAGCCUUCCUGAGGUUACUGACUCUGGUGCCAACAUCCGCAGCCCCGUCGCUGCCAUGCUUGGUGCCGCCGCCGCUUUCGCCUACUUCGCAUAAGCGUUUUCCUUCACGACCUUAUACUAUAAUUGUCCUUUUACGACAUGUUAGCAUUGGAAUCUGUGGGAACCCCCCUCCAGCAUCUUUUAUCAACUAGAGUCACGCGAGCAUAGGCGUCCGUGAAUGGUGUGUCCGAUGGGAACGCUAUGCAAAGAGCUUGUAUAGACGUAGCAGAAAAUGAUAACAUGGAAGCAUUUGCCCUACUCAUUCUUGAUCUUGCAAGUGAUGCGCGCAAUGAUACCGUACCUCUCGUCUCAUGAUGUAUCAGAUUUAGUUUUGCUUGUGCAACCACAGAUGCUUUCGACCUAUGCGCACUUA